CCGCACCCGCAAUUCAGAGCGUGGUGGUGAGAUUAUGAUAAUGCUGAUUCCUUCGUCGUCGACAAUUUGCUCUACUUGCUUCGAUUCUCCACCAAAUACUCUGACGUCGAACUUGCCAGAGCGGUGCACGCUUCGAUUCUCAAGAUUAAAGAAGACAGUCAUCUUGGAAACGUUCUAAUCGGAGCUUACCUCAAGCUGGGCCUUAUUCUCGACGCGUAUCAGGUACUCAAGAACCUUUCCGAUCCCAAUGUAAUGUCUUACAGCAGUCUGAUUUCCGGUUUCUCGAAAUCGAAUCGAGAAAUUGAAGCUGGUAAACUCUUCUUUAGGAUGAGAAGUUCAGGGGUUGAGCCCAAUGAGUUCAGUUUCGUUGCUAUGCUAACGGCCUGUACGAGUGCUUCCAUAUUUGAAUUGGGAUGGCAAAUUCAUGCUCUGGUGAUCAAGAUGGGGUUCACAGAGUAUGUUUUCGUUGCUAAUGCGUUGAUGGCGUUGUAUGGAAAGUCCUGCCGGUGUUUAGAUUCUGCAAUCCAACUGUUCGAAGAAAUGCCUGAGAGAGAUAUCGUCGUGGAAUACAGUUAUUUCCAAUUUGGUAGAUGGCUCAUUGUACGAAAAAGCAUUGAAAUUUGGUCGUGAUUUGGUCAAGUUCGAUGAGUUUAGAGUCGACGAGCUGACCCUUUUGACUCUACUGCCUGCCUGCACCAGCUGCAAUGCUGUCAAACAAGGUAAGGAGAUUCACGGUCGCGCCAUGAGACUCGGGUUAGCAGGAAGUCUGAGUCUUUGCAACGCCAUGAUUGGAUUCUACACCAAGUGUGGAACUAUAGAAAAUGCGCUGACUGUCUUUGACACGACGCAAAUCAGAGAUGUAAUCACUUGGACGCAGUUGAUCACUGCUUACAUGGAAUUUGGUCUCGUGGAUUCAGCCGUGAAGACUUUCGAGAAAAUGCCUGAGAGAAACUUCAUCUCUUACAACGCCAUUUUAGCAGGGUUUUCCCACAACUCCCAAGGGCUGAAUGCACUGAACUUCUUCACGAUGAUGGUGCGUAACGGUGUGGAGCUCUCUGAAUUCAGUCUAACCAGCGUUAUCACUGCAUAUGGGCUAUUGGUUGAUCUGGAAACUAGCAGGCAAAUCCAUGGUUUCCUCACAAAGUUCGGUUAUGGUUCGAAUGCUCACAUCGAAGCGUCUUUGCUUGAUAUGUACACUAGGUGUGGAAGAAUGAGAGAUGCAGAGAAAUUGUACUUCAACCAGAACAUCUCCAUUGCUCUAAACUCGAUGAUGAGUGGGUAUGCACGAGCACGAAAUGGGCAGCCGGACGAGGCUGUUUCUCACUUCCGUCGAAGUCUAUCAGAAGGCAAGCUAGUUAUGGACGAAACGGCAUGGACCACAACAUUGGGAGUCUGUGGAGCUCUAGGCUUUCGGGAGCUCGGGAAACAAAUCCAUUCCUUUGUCGUUAAAGCAGGCUUUGGAGCUGAUUUAGGGGUGGGGAACUCUUUAGUGAGCAUGUAUUCCAAGUGCGGCGAAAUGGAUGAAGCGAUCAAAUCGUUUGAUGCAAUGCCAGUUCGUGAUGUGGUUUCGUGGAAUAGUUUGAUCGCAGGCCAUGUUCUUCACUGAGAAGGGGACAAAGCUUUGACUAUCUGGUCAAGGAUGGAGAAAG